UAAGUAUUAAUAGCUCUAUUAAGGCAGUUCCAGAACUGGGCAUUUGAACAAACAUCUCCGGGAGGCAAAGUCCUGAAACGGAGCCACAUAUUAUAUAAUGAGAGCGUAUUCUUGCAGCACUACCAGAGCUUCAGACUCAAGCAUUCCUGUCAUCUCAGAAGCAGGGCCUUAAGUUAAAUGAAACAUAAGCCUUGUGCAAGGACGAGGAAGAAAAGCUCUAUGUGACUGAGUUCAUCUAUCUCCCAGUACAUAUUCUUCUCCCUCCUGGAGGGAUGGCCUCUCCAAAAUUUGGAUGACACUUUAUUAUUUAUGGUUAAUGAUCUGAAGAAAUAGGAGGGAACUCCUGCCACUCCCGCAAGAAAGGCUUGGUUCCUGCGUCCAGGAGAAGGUUACGUGGCUGCAUAGCCCAGGCAAAGGUUUUAUUCCUAUUUCCAAGAAAAAUAAAGGAUGACUGCCACCUUCCGACUUGUUUCCAUGAUUUGGAGAGUCCUGUUCUUUCUGAUAUGGUGUGCUGACUAUGUGAAUACAAAGAUGAUGCCAUCAUCCUCACCCAUUGCCAACUUGACAUUCAGUCACACAAAGCUACAGCUGACCUGGGACAGCAGCAUCACUGAUAUUGACUACAACUGUUAUAUGGAAACAAGCCAGGAUUAUAUAGAGAAAGAGGCAUCGAAUAAAACCUGUAUAUUUAGCAGACCUAUACAUAUGGGGGCAAAAUUGGGAGUUAAAGGAACAUACAAUGGCACUGAAUAUUCAGAAGAAAUCAGAUUCAUUCCCCCAGGCAAGAAUGGAACACGUGUUGAAAAUUUCUCCUGUGUGAUUUACAAUAUUUCCUUCAUGAAUUGCACUUGGGAUGCUGGCAGAAAAGCUCCAAUCAAUACCCAAUAUUGUCUUUCAUUGCAGUACCCAAGUGAAAAAGAUGCACUAAAGUGUCCACAUUACAUAAAAGAUGCGCUUGGAAGACAUAUCUCAUGCAGUUUCCAAAAUGUGACAAUAAUUAAGGAUCCAGUUUACUUCCUGGUGAAGGGGGACAGCAAUGAAUUGGAGAUUCAGUUUUAUGAUGAGUUCAUCAAACUCUAUGAAAUUGAAAAGUUAACUCCUCCAGUCAAUAUCACCGUAAACUGUUCUGAAGACCAGCCACGGUGUAUCGUGCAAUGGAAACGGCCCCAGUUAAGCCAUGAAGAAAGAGAUAUAGAUCAAUGUUUUGAGUAUGAAAUUGACAUUCGAAAUAAGAAAACUAACGCCAACCCCGAGGAAAACAAAAAUGAGCCUCAUACGGCACAAGGAACAAGUUUCACAUUUGAGAAUUACAAUGUGAAAAAAAAAUACUCCUUGAAAAUCAGAGCCAAGGGAGAUGCUUGUCUCAUAAGCAAAAAAUGGGGGGAAUGGAGUGAGCCCAUUGACUUUGGUAACACAGAUGGUGCAGCCCUUAUGUACCCAAUUGUUUUACUUCUCAUAGCAAUUGGAACAAUCCUAGUGGCACUGCUUAUAUUUUUUCUAUGCAAAAGGUGCUGCAAUUUGAAAAAAAUGUUUCCUCCAGUUCCACAACCAAAAAACAAAUUUUACGAACUUCAGAAGGAAGGGAUGGAUCCACCACUAACAAAAUAUGAAACUGAAGAAAUAACUACUGUUGAAGAAGUUGCAUAACUUACCAAAAGCAAAAUGAAGCAUGUGGAUUCCCCAAGUUAAACACCUACAAUCCUCAUGGCAAUGCUGUGCAUUUUGUACACUCACUCCCUUUCUCUCACCUACAAAUAUUACUUAACACUUCUAAGACCCUGUUUUCAGUUUCCUAUAAUUUUGUCAAAUUUGGACAGAUGUUUUUCCAUGCUACGUGUCUGCAUGGGUGAAUUACUUGGAAUGUGUCAGAAAAAACAUUUCAGUAAUUUGGAAUCCCUAGCAGCUCAGCAGCAGUGUGGGGCCGAGUCUCCUGAUAAUCCCCAGGAGCGCAGGGCGAGAGGCCCACAGCAGCCCCCCAAGUCAAGGGACUAGGAUUGGAGCCCUAAAGCAGCUUCUAGGAAUGCGGGCCGGAGCGCUGUGUAAACCUGCAGCAGCACAAGGCCGGUGCUGGAGUCUUUGGGUAGCCCAUGUUGGAAUGGGGCCGAAGCUGCACAGCAACCCCUGGGAAUGGGGGCUGUGAUUGAAGCCCUGCAGCAGUGUGGUGGCGGAGCCUGCUGGCAGCCUCCACAAAUGAAGGGCCAGAGCCAACAUAGCAGCCCCUCAGGCACCUGGGGACUGGAGUCCUGCAGCAGCAGAGCCGGCCCAAGGUACAGGCCAAUCAGGCUACCCACCCAGGGCACCCCGUUGUAAGGGGUGCCACGCGGGGCUGCCGGGCUGGGCAGGGGCAGUACCGCACAUGCUCCGCGUGCCCAGGGUAGCGCCACGUAUGCGCUGGGCGCCUGGGGGCAGCACCACACAUGCGUCGCACUCCCGGGGUCGGCGCUAUGCUCCCGGAACCUGGAGCGCACAAAUGGCUCGGGCCAGCCCUGUGCAGCAGCCCCUGGGCAUGUGGGGCUGGGCCACAGCCCCCUGCAGGAACCGGAGUCUGUGCUGCUCAGGAAGCCAACAGCAGCUAGCCAAGCAGCCCCGCCAGUUUGGAGGGGAAGGUCAAGCAGGGUGCUUCCUGAGGCAGCCUGCCAGCUGCAUGGGCUUGGGUGCCAGUGGCAGACCUCCCCAUGUCUGGCAAAUUCUCUUGUUCGGGACCAGUUACAUCCUGAUGGUGCAGGACAAAGGAGGCCCAACCUGUACUUUGACCAUUGUUGCAUUUUCUGCUUUUGUCCUCCUUGCAUCAUAAGUAAUCAUAAGCACCUACCCCUAUCCUUAGACAAUGUCCACGCUUAGUAUAGCCACGGCAGCAGUGCUGUAAUUUGUUGCACUAGGGAGGUUUUUUUCACCUCUAAGCAAGGAAGUUGCAAGGCAGUAAAAUGCCAGCAUAGACAAGCUUAGUCUUUCUCUUGUUUCUAAUACAUUUCUAAAAUGAUUUCUUGUUACUAUUUAUUUUCUAGCUAGUUUUAUCUUACUGCGUGCCUUGGCCUUACUAAUUUUUUUCCUACAUGCUUGUGUUCAGUUUUUAUAUAUGUAGUAAUUUGACUUAGUUUCCACUUGAAUAUUUUUUUCCAAGUUUCACAUCUUUGACAAUCUCUUGGCUAAGCCCAAUAACUAGGUUGGGGUUCUCUGUUGUUUUUAACCCCCAAGUGGGAUGUAAGCCUAUUUCAACAGGGUCACCAAGACUGGUGUCAGCCCUGACCCCAACAAGUUUGAAGCCCAUGGCCCAAGGCUAAGGUUACAGCUUUGGGAUCAAGCAGGCUCAGUCUUCAGUCCCCCUCCAUGGAGUCGUGUAAUACUUUCUUUUUGUCAGAAGGAAGUCAUGAUGCAGUGAGAAUUGAGAACCACUGAACUAGAUCAACCCCUGGCCUUUCACGAAGCCCAUUCUCAGAAGGUGGAGAAAUAUACCACACUAGCCAACUCCCUGAGAACCCAGGGGUAUAAGUUACAGAUUCACACCGGGAUCGUGUGAGUAUGGUGCUGUAUGUGGCGUUGAUCGGCGCCAUGCUUGACUUAUGAGGCAGCUCAAUGGUGUCUGACACCAUCGAGUGGUCUAGAGCCAUUUACACAGAGCACACCACAGAACACAGAGUACCAGGAUGCAUAAACAAGACCACCACCAAGAGACACAGUCAGGGAAAUAACUCAUUGCCUUCCCUGAUCAAAUUGUGGAAGAAAACUGGCAUGUCAUGCCAAUUUUCUUUCACAAUCUCAUCUGAGGAAGUGGGUCUGGCCCACGAAAGCUCACCCUCUACUAAACCAUCUUGUUAGUCUUAAGUGCUGCAUAGUCCUGUCUUUUGUUUCAGCAAGACUAGACUAACAUGGCUACAUCUCUAUUACUAUUCUGCCUGAAUAAAGGUUGCCUGUGCACUCUAAACUUGAUCCCUUGUGCAUGUGUAUUGUGAUAGUCUUUUCCCAUAAACCAUAGUUUGUGUACAAGACAGAUGUUGCUCAUUGAACCAAUAGCUGUUCCAUUUUUUUUUUAAAAUUUAGCAUUCAGUAUGUGCAGCGCUUAGAUUCAAGCACAAAUGUCAAUUUCAUUCAUCUUUACAACAGAUCAGUGAAGUAGGAGGUAUUGCUAUCCACUUACUGUAAGUGAAACUUGAGAUGUACCCUGAAAAAAUCAGAUCCUAGACAUGUCCCAUGCCAAUUAAAUUUAACUGAGUUGACCCAUACACUUACGUAAAAAAUAAAGUUAUAUACCAACCAAUCCAACAUAUUUACAAAAAUUAAAAGUACUAAACAUACACAUUUAAAGGCCAGCCUUGUAAAAAUUGUCUACAGGUCGUAACUUCCUGUUCUGGUACCUUUGGGACCCAACAGGUCCUAAACAAGGGAAUCUGCUAAACUGGAGAAGUCAGUGUUGGACUCUCUAGGGCCACUUCCUGUGCAGCUCUGCACCAGUGGCUGGAGAGGAGACAGCAUUGACUGACAAAGAAGGGGGAGUGAAGGGGCUGGACUACAGCCCAGUGGAGUGCUGCACCCACCAUACCUCUUCCCCCGAGUGUCCCCCCUCUUCCUGCCUCCACUCCUCCCAAGAACGAGCACUACUAGUAAACCAUUUGUGAUGGACUGGAAGCGCUGAGGCUAUGUUUAUACUGGCAUGAUUUUGCUCAAAUACGUUUAACGGGAAA